ACUGCGGAAGGCGCAGGAUCUAAAACCGCGCUAGGCGCUACUCUCCACGCUCGCUCGCUCCGCUCUUCUCUAACCCGUGCGAUCUACACCCGGUUGCUUUUUCGUGGGGGAAACCUGAAACACGCAUAUCCCCGUGGCUGCCUUCGACCGCGCGCCCGCCGCUACGUGUAACACACUACGAACCUACCACCUUCUGUCCACCGGAGUUACGAGUGCCACACGCAGUAGUAGUCACGGUCAGGGAGGAGGGUCGCCGACGUCUCGCGGACAUCACUCGCUCGCGCGGUCUCCUCUCUCGACUCGCGUCCGUGCGGUCUUUACGGUGAUAUCGUAUUCACCCGUCGCGUACACGGUAAACGCGGCGAGUAAUCGUCGUCGUCGCCUCGUCCCGUCUCGCGUCGCGUCGCGUCCGUCUCGUAUAAGUAAUAUCCGUCGUAACGUCGCGCGCGCGUUAUCGCUCCGCGACCCGGUUCUUACAGAUUGUGCGCGACAGGCGGCAACUUGGAGGAAGAUACGUAUCGCGGAAUAGAGCGCAUCGUCGUGGCAACGCUGUUGUCGUUGCCUGCCGCUGCCACCGUGUGCCACGCGUCACGCGCGUCCCUCGUAAACGCAUCCGCGAGGUGCGAGCGUACGCAUCGGUUGACACUGUGCCGCGACGGUGAAUAGUGCGAAGCGUCCUGACGCCCGUCGUCGUCGUCGUCUUCGUCGUCGGGCGUCAUUUGUGGAUUUCUCGCUCUCAUGUUUGAGUAUCGAAGGAUGUAACGAGGUGUUCUGUCAGUGACAUCAUCGGGUCAGGUGAUUUAUCGUUGGUUGUUGGUGCGCGAAACAUAGUGAACGUAGAACAGGACGUCUCGGUUGUGUGAGAUAACUCCGAAGUUGCUUGCGGAACGACGGCUCACUUCGCGCUACUCGCGACAGACAUCCCGGCGCCAUCUCGAUGUGGCACGCUCGGCCGACAGGUCCCGCGAUCGCCUCGCGCGCGAAUCUCGCGCUCUAGGUGCCACGCCACUCAUCGCUGCUCCUCGUCUCAUCUCCAGGUCCAUCGAGAUCGAGUCUCGUCCGCCGUCGUUGAAGACAUUUCUCGUCGCGAAGCACGUGCCCGCGCGCAUCGGGCAAGCGUGAUAUGCGGGAUUGACGGGAGGCGCCCGAGCUGCUGCGUCAACCGGCAACCACCGGGAGGUGGUAUCAUCGGCGACGAUGUGGAAACACGCGUAUCCGGCCGCAGCCGUCGUCGUAGCCGUCGCCGAAGUCCUCCCACGAGCGAUUAUACCCGUUGCCGAGCUGUGCUGACGCUUGUUCGCGAUUAUCUAAAUUCAUCGGCUACGCGUCUCGUUGCGAGCGACGUCCUUUGAAAUACAUAACGGAAAACGAGGAAGAGAGAAGAGGGAGAGAAAGACAGAGCGGAAUAGAAGCGGGCCGACGGAACGAUUGUCCAACGCGAGUGCGCCUUCCUUCAACUUUCGAAGGAAGAAGGAGAAACUUUCGUCUUUUAGUUUGGACCGUCGGCUGCCGACGGAACUUGGAGCUCGACCUCGAGCCGUCGGACUCUACCUUUUGCCGCGAAAGCCCAGCGUCGCGUAGCGCGUCCGAGCGCCAGGCUUAGAUCGCGCUACAACAGUGCUUAAAAGUGUUGUGAAGUGUCGAGGCUCGCUUGCUUACAUUGUGGGAAAAUACAGCCGCUACGGUGGCUCAGCACGCAGAGUUCCCCGGCGCGGCCAGGGCGUUCAUGGCGCAGCCAAGGUACGACGAUGGCGGGCUGCACGGGGGUUACCUCGAGGGCGGUGGUGGCGGUGGAGGCGCAGGGCUGUACGAUCCACACGGUAAUGCCCGCGGCGUUCCCGGUCUCCAUCACAGUCCACACCUUGGUAGUAUGGGACCGGCCCACCCCCAGUAUCCACCGCCUCAGCCGCCACAGCACGUUCUCGCGGCGGCAGCCGCGGCCGCGGCCUCCGCGGUACCCGAUGUCCACAAACGCGACAAGGAUGCCAUAUACGGACACCCCCUGUUCCCACUCCUCGCACUCAUAUUUGAAAAGUGCGAGCUGGCAACGUGUACGCCGCGCGAGCCUGGUGUAGCGGGUGGUGACGUCUGCUCGUCAGAAAGCUUCAACGAGGACAUCGCCGUUUUCUCAAAACAGAUCAGACAAGAAAAGCCGUAUUACAUUGCGGACCCGGAGGUGGACUCGCUGAUGGUUCAAGCGAUCCAAGUCCUCCGGUUUCACCUCCUCGAGCUCGAAAAGGUACACGAGCUCUGCGACAACUUCUGCCAUCGAUAUAUCAGCUGCUUGAAGGGCAAGAUGCCGAUCGACCUCGUGAUCGACGACCGGGAAAGCUCGAAGCCACCCGAGCUGGGUAACGGUCUAGACGGCGGCGGCCCUAGGAGCACCGCCGACAGCACCAGUCAUACAGACGGAGCCAGCACGCCGGACGUCAGGCCACCUUCUUCGUCGCUUUCGUACCCUGGCGCGGGUGCUAACGACGAUGCGCGUAGUCCCGGAAGUGGCGGUACACCCGGACCCCUCAGCCAGCAAGCGCCAGCCAGUCUGGAUUCAUCGGACCCCGAUGCAAUGGGUAAAUGGUGUCCUCGUAGAGAAUGGAGUUCGCCGCCUGACGCGCAACGUGCGGCGAGCGACGCACGUCGUGGUGUCCUUUAUUCCUCCGUCUUCCUCGGCAGUCCCGCAGGUGACGCGAGUAACGCGAGUAUCGGUAGCGGGGAGGGUACGGGGGAGGAAGACGACGAUUCGACGGGCAAGAAAAACCAAAAGAAACGGGGUAUCUUUCCCAAAGUCGCGACGAACAUCCUCAGGGCGUGGCUCUUUCAACAUCUCACGCAUCCAUAUCCCUCGGAAGACCAGAAAAAACAGUUGGCACAGGACACGGGGUUGACGAUUCUUCAGGUCAACAACUGGUUUAUUAAUGCGAGGCGUAGAAUCGUUCAACCUAUGAUUGACCAGAGUAAUCGAGCUGUGUUUCCACCAUUGUCUGCAGGUCCGAGCGGGGCAUACAGUCCGGACGCGACGAUGGGCUACAUGAUGGACGGACAGGCCGCCAGCAUGAUGCACCGGCCGCCCGGUGAUCCUACCUUCCAUAAUCAGUACCAUUACCCGGAGUACUAUGGACAUCACAUAUAAAGAAGUACUUGCAAGACGGAACGGACGGUGGAAUGACAGCUCUAGCAACAUGAGAAGCAUGACGGGCCUACCGUGUCCCAGGCUGGCACAGACCAGAAUCGGAGGACAAUGACGAUCCAUUGAUCGCCAGAACGAUUUCUUGCCAUGCCGCACGUCGAAAUCCGUGACGAUCGGGUGCUCGGGGAUGAGAGGAGACGACACGAGGAAAAGAGAAAGGGGCAAAAGGAGCGAGGUUCCUGGUUCAAGGAGAAAAGACGUGGCGGGUGAAACGCCGCGGGAGGCCAACGAGAAGAAGAUCGUAGAACCGUCGAAGGAAGAGAGAUGGUUAUACGAGAUGGAGUGAAGUAGCUGCAGAAGCGGCAACGCGGAAGGACACGGGGAGGAUGAAGCCGCGGCUUGGUCUGGAGAAUGACGCGGUGAAAUUCAUGUGAUUGUUCUUUGUACAAAUAUCGCGGUGUAAUGUAGUGAAAAAUUUAAAUGUUAAAUUUUAAUACGGUCGCGAUCGAGAUAUAUUAAUAAAAUAUAAGUGAUAUAUAGGCAAUUUAGCGGGCAUGUACAUUAAAUAAAAAGAGGUAAACCCCCCCCCCCCCCGGUGCUCGCACGGAAUAGAGAGUAUGUUCAAGUGCACAGACGAUGCAAGAGAAGUAUAAAAAGAAAGAAAGAGAUAUACCAAGAAAAAAAAAUGGAGGUAUACAUAUAUAUAUUUACAUGUAUGUAUGUAUAUACAUAUACAUAUAUAUAAUGCAUACACAUACAUAUAUAUGUGUAUAUAUAUUAUAAAUAAAUAUAAAUAGCGAGACACAAAAGAUAAGUAGAGGAAGGCAACAAGAUUAUUAAAUGACACGGUGCAGAUGUUUAAAGAUAUAUAAAAAGAAAAUGGACGCGCAAAUGGAAGAAAAUUAGACCGAAUGACAUCGACGCGUGUGCCGGACUCGAGCGUCGAACUGCAUAUAUAUAUAUACAUAUAUAUAUAUA